GCUACAGAGCGGCCCUGUUCCGCAUCCGGAUCCUGCCGCUCAUAGCCUGGGCCGAUGGAGUCGGCUCCGGAGCCGGUGUCCGGCGGGGGCCGGGCGCGUGAAUGAGGAGCUCUGCGCGGCCGCUCUUUCCUGUCGCCUCGCGCCUCUCGCUGCGCCCGGAGGAGGAGGAGGACCCCGCGGAGGAUGCUGCCGGCCCUGGCCGCCCAGCGGAGGGGCUGGGGCUGCUUCUACCAGCUCCACCUGCUGCGGCGGAGGGGCCGAGGCCAGGCGGGGGGACCGCUCGCCCGGGCAGGCUGCCGCGGGUGGCAAGUUCCCCUUAAAUUUGGCAGUCUCUUGCCUGUGCUGCCAGGGAGUCGUCUGCCGGUUCAUUCAAGCCAAGUAAGAGUUUAUACCUCCGAUGGCCAGAAGGACCACACUGGGGCACAAGAUGCAAGCUCCUCAGCUGCUGAAGGCAGUGCGCAGAAAACAGCAACAGCUAGCAGUCCAACGCCACCUUUGCCGCAAACUCCGAUUCAAGUGAAAGUGAAAGCUGUACUUAAAAAGAGAGAAUAUGGACCAAAAUACAUGAAGAAUAACUUCAUCACUGGUGUCAGAGCAAUAAAUGAGUUCUGCCUUAAGUCCAGUGACCUAGAUCAGCUCAGGAAAAUCAGGCGGCGAAGCCCCCAUGACGACACAGAGGCUUUCACUGUGUUUUUGAGGACGGACGUGGAGGCAAAGUCUUUAGAAGUUUGGGGGAGCCCGGAAGCUCUUGCACGUGAAAGAAAAAGGCGUAAAGAAGCAGAAAUAGAAUACAGAGAGAAUUUGUUUAGAAACCAGAGGUUGUUGAAGGAAUACAAAGAUUUCCUAGGAGAAACUAAGCCACGUUCCAGCACGUCAACUAUGUUUCUGAGUGGACCAGGAAAAGUUGUCAUGGUUGCUAUUUGCAUAAAUGGCUUGAAUUUCUUUUUUAAGCUCCUUGCUUGGGUUUACACGGGUUCUGCAAGCAUGUUCUCCGAAGCCAUCCAUUCUUUAGCAGACACUUGCAAUCAAGCUUUACUAGCAUUGGGAAUCAGUCAGUCGGUGAGGACGCCAGAUCCCAGUCAUCCAUAUGGCUUCACAAACAUGCGCUACAUUGCAUCCCUGAUCAGUGGCGUUGGCAUUUUCAUGAUGGGCGCAGGGCUCUCAUGGUAUCACGGCAUCAUAGGUCUGAUGAAUCCUCAGCCCAUGGAAUCUCUUCUUUGGGCUUAUUGUAUUUUAGCAGGAUCACUGGUGUCUGAAGGAGCUACUCUUCUUGUAGCUAUAAAUGAAAUUCGAAGGAGCGCUCGGGCCAGAGAUGUAUCCUUCUACCAAUAUGUCAUGCAGGCUCGUGAUCCCAGCACAAAUGUUGUGUUGUUAGAAGAUACCGCAGCCGUUCUGGGCGUGACAUUAGCUGCUACUUGUAUGGGUCUGACUUCUCUUACAGGUAACCCAUACUACGACAGUCUUGGGUCCCUUGGUGUGGGGACACUGCUGGGAGCUGUAUCAGCCUUCCUUAUUUACACCAACACUGAAGCUCUGCUGGGAAGAUCCAUCCAACCUGACCAGCUACAGAAACUUACAGAGUUACUGGAAAGUGACCCUGCUGUAAGAGCCAUUCAUGAUGUUAAAGCCACAGAUAUGGGAAUGAGUAAAGUGAGAUUCAAAGCAGAAGUCGACUUUGAUGGACGGGUUGUUACUCGGUCUUACCUGGAGAAACAAGACAUUGAACAGCUGCUACAAGAAAUCCAGCAGGUGACGACUCCUGAAGACUUAGAGAAUUUCAUGCUGAAACAUGGCGAAAAUAUAAUUGACACGCUUGGGGCAGAAGUUGACCGGCUUGAGAAGGAGCUGAAGAAAUUGAAUCCUGAGGUGCGCCACGUGGAUCUGGAAAUACUGUAGUCUUCAUGGAAGCAGCUUUUAAAGUCUUCCGGAUCAGCCAAACUGAGGAACGGAGCAGCAUCUGAAACUGCUGGGAUCUCAAAAGAUGUCAUCACAUUUCAGCUUUCCGAUUCUCUCAGUGCUGGUUUUCCUCCCAGAGUGAACGGCUUCCUUUGAACUGGUUUUCCAGGACAGCUGGUUGCCGCCUGAAAGCGUAGCGGAGAGGAAUACUUGGGACUAGAAACUUUUAAUUUAAAUAAGUUAUUGAAAUGUCAGUUUCUGAAAAUGCACACUAUAUAAUUUGCUGCCCUAGGCCUAGACCAAGGUUUUGUAUCUCAUUUGCACAUUAGCUCUGAUGCAGCUGCUAUUCUUAAGCGUAUAUUAGAGUUCCAUGCCCAAUUUUAAAGGCUUCGCCCCUCCUUGAGUCAAAUGGCUGUGUUCCAAUUCUGUCGCCUUCUCUGGCUUUUCAUGUUAUGAACGUAAUGAGAAUUCUGUCCUUUCCCCCAGUAUCAUGAGCUGGUAACCUGUAGUGUUUUGAUGGUCCUUGACAAUUUGAUCAGACCCACUCGAGCGAUCCCAUUCGUUGUUCUAGAGCAAGCGUGCAGAGAGUAUAUGAGUAAAUAGAAACUUGUCCUAUGGCUCCUUCCUUACAUUAGCGUUGUGGUCCAAUAGUUGCUCCCACCAAAGCCUGCAAAUAUUCCACCUGUGGAAUUGGGGGAAAUGGCAUUGUUUUGUAGCCACUGCUGUGUUGCGUCUCCCUAAUAGUUCAGCCUAAUCCCCUGGAUGAAAGUUGCAGGUUUCACUUGGAAUGGUGUGGGGGGCAAUUGUGGGGUGGCAUCACCUUCUAUUCAGAAUCUUAGGGUGGUAUUGUUUUAUCAUCCAUUUGCUGUAGAACAUUUAGCAUGCUCUAAAAUGCAUUGAGGCUCUUUAUAAAGAGGCUCCAAAAUCCAAACAACUGUGCAACCAAUUCCAUACACCUAAGAUGACUUUAGACUUGUGUUUCUUAAACAGCAAACUGUUUUCAAAACAGAGGGUAAUUUAUAAAAAAACAGCUCCACAAUAAUUUAAUGCCUCUGCUUUUUGAAGAAGACACAGUCCAAAAUCCCUCUAGAACAGCACAAAGCAGAAUUGGAAGCAACCAUUCGGAUUCCAGCUAGAAUAUUUAUUGAUAACUUGCACUGCUUAUGUAGCUCUGAAUGGCAAGCUAUGGUUUAUAACAUGAAACUUCUCGUCUGUGGGGAAUAAAACAGUGACAGUUCACUUAAACGUAGAAAGUUCAGUACUGGGGCUUUGAAUGUUGUUUGCAAUGGGAGUCAGGAAGAAGCGGGAAUCCAGAUUGCAAGCUCUUGAGGCUGGGUGACAAUCCUGGCACUAUUUACCUUGGACGAAUUUUGUAAAAGUCAGAGGAAAUGUACUCUGAAGGUAAGUGGUAUAAGAGGGCUGUAACCUGUAUCAUUAGCAGAGGCUAAAACUGAACAUGUAUCAUGCAGGUUUGGGGCUGGUUCACACAGGCAUAUAUGCAUCACUCAGCACUCGGUUGUGUAAGCUUUGUUGCUAGGUAAUGUCAUGCAAUUUUAUCCGUCUUUAGUCCUGGAUCUGUGAUGACUUUUACAGAAAUGUGUCACCAUUUGAUGUCUGCAAACGUGAUGUGCACACACGUGCCAGCCAGCUCUCAGUAAGCGAAACUUCAGUGGUAAAGUUGCGUUGUAAGGGAGGUACUUUUAAAAAAUAGGAGUUGCUUAUUGGAAUGACUUUGGCCCGAAGGCUGAAUCCCCAGAUUCAGUGGCCUUGAUAGUGCCAUGGAACAAUGAUACAUAAACCUGCUGUGCAAAGCAAGAUAUAUGGAUAAUAAUAAUUUUUAAAACAACUGUGCUGGAAACCAAAAUGGAUCAGCAUUGGCUUACUUUCUAAAUUUAAAAUGUCGCUUUUUAAAGUAAACGUAACUUAUGCCAAUAAAGGCCAAUGACAAAAGUAAAUGUAACUUUGAACUAGCAUGCCUCUUGACAACAUGAAAAUUAACAACAGCAUGCAUUUUUAUGGUACUGUUUUGGAUUUUAGCUUUCAGAAAUGUACAUAUUGUAAUUAGUACGUAACGAUAACUUUAUUACAUAAAUUUAGAAGUAAAGGCGCUCUUUGGUUUUUUAAAUCUUGAUUUCUCAAGGGCAAUUUCUUAGUAAAUGCUUAAUUGCAGCUGAGUGUCCUCCUCACCCCCAAACUAUAUUAUGGGCAACCUGUUUUUCAAUGAUUUGCACUUCAAACAGGCAUCUUCCAGCAUACAGGGAGCUUCUCUGCACACACCUCUGGUAGAUGCAAAGGUUAAAGAGGUAUGCACAUGAAAACAAACAGAGAUGUAACAUUCAGGUACAUAUGCACAUCUAUUGAAUGGUUCUGUCUCCUGAGAGCGUCUUAUGGAUCAAGAGAAGUAUAGGGACAUUAAUUUCAAGGGAAGCUUCGUUUCCUCGCAAAGUGUGCUUCGAGUGGGUUUGCAAAUGGUUACUCACUUCGUUACACGUGGCAGGUAGGAAUCUCCUCUAGGCAAAUGGGCAGGGAAACUUAAAAGAAGUUGUUUGUUUUGGGUUCCAAGUAAAUGGAGGCAGACCAGGAUGAAUUGUCUGGGCUGCUACCCUUUGCAGACUUACUUGCAAGGCUGGCUUUAGACUUCAUACUAGAUUAAUAAUACAGUUACAAAUGUGAUUGUUAAAAAUGUAACUUAGUGCUCUGUUUAAAGGUAAGGUGUAAAUAUCUGUAUAAAUUUUAAUAGACAGUGAAUUCUUAUUUGUAGUGCACUGUAAUCAAUCAGUAGUGGCCUUUGAUCUCCUGCUGGUGAGUGGUCUUCUCCUGCGCUUGUGAACCUCUAGAUGUUUUGAACUGCAUUGGCCCCAGCCAGCACAGCAUGUUCUGAUCUGUAAAGGUUGGCCCUUCAGUGGUUCUCCAAGUGUGGGGCAGGUUGUUCUUAGUGAUGUGCCUGAGCAAGGGUGCAAAAAGUGCCUGGGAGGGGAUAGGAUUGGGAAGCAGCUAGAGCAGGGUUUCCCAAAUUUGGGUCUGCAACUGUUUUUGGACUAUGGUUCCCAUUAUCCCUGACCACUGGUCCUGCUAGAUAGGGUUGAUGGGAGUUGUAGUCCAAAACCAGCUGGAGACCCAAGUUUGGGAAACCCCUGAGCUGGAGUGUCCUCCUUGCAUAGGCCAAGACUAGAGUGCGCUGAAUAGCUGUUGAAAUGAGAGCCACCUUUUACUCUCAUUGGGAUUAUGGGAUAAAUGCUCCUCUCUUGUCUCAACAUCUCAACCUGCCUUGGGAAGAAGAGAGUCUGCUUGGGUAGAAGUGUCCCUGCUCAUUCUAUCCCUAUUCUAAUCUGUUGGGUAAAGAUUCCACUCCACAAAUCCUUGCUUGCAGUAAAAAGUUGCACACAACUGCAUUUAAGUAUCUGCACAUGCCUCACCAUGGAAGAGAUGGUUGAUGUAGUACUGACAUCUGAAUGAAACAAACAAUAAGGAGGGGGGAACCCUCUGAUAUUUGCGAACAGUAAUCUUCUGAUGGUCAUGCAUCUCAUGUCCAAACCACUGUGAAAUAGAAGUUUGCACUUUUUUUUUUGCAAAUGUUGAGCAGUCAUGAUACUGGCAAUCCACUUUUCAUGGAAUUAAUUGUGUACUGGCAUAAUAAUGGAAAGAAUGUUUAUUCGGGAUUCUCUUGAGUUGUUCUUUAUGAUGCACAAUGAGCACUGGCCCAAGAUCUACAGAAUAUUUUUUUAUAGACUGUAUGCAGAACUGGGGUUGUAUUUGGUACUUGUAUGUUUGUCUUCUGCUUUGUGGUCUUAGCUCUUUGAGAAUGCCACUCUUUGAGCUGUUAAGGUGUGAUCCUUUUUGUCUACCUUUUUAUUGAUGCCAUGAAUGGUUCUGAUGUUGUAGGGCAAGCAAGGCUAACCUGUGGUCCUCUAGAUGUCGCGGAAUGCCAACAAAACAUCAUCCCUUCCGGCAUGGCCACUAGCAAGGGAUGAAGGGGCUGUAAUCCAACAGCAUCUGGAGAACCACACAUUCUGCAUCUCUGUUAUAGAAGCCUGAAGAGCCUUGGGUUAGGCAGCAGAAUGUCAAGUGGGGCAAUGGUGGAACCUGAGAAUUGGAAUCUUGAAGGCUAUGAGCAACUGCAGCUAAACAGCAUAAAUACUGGCUCAAUGCCAUGAGUUUUUCAAUGACAUCUUGUGAGCAGUUCUGGAGAUUUUGGAUGGAUGAUACCUGAAUUUUUUGAUAUUGCACGUCACAGCGUAAUUUCCUGGGUAUAAUAUUUUAACAAGAUAUUUCCCAACCGUCUGUGAAAACUGUUAACGCAGUAUUGUAGCUAGUAUAGUUAACUAGAUUGACAAGUUUUUGUGCUUUUGGUUUGAAAACAACAACAGAGAGUCCUGUGGCACUUUAAAACACAUUAUUAUAAUGGCAUACCGUUUCAUGGACUCCAGUCCACUUCAUCACACAUUUUUGGUUUGCUUUCAUGAAUGCAUUCGAUGUGGUUUCUAUGCAAAAGUAUUUUAUGAAGACACACCUUGAUUUUUCUUUUUCUCCCAUCUGUGUACCAAUCAUGGCAGCCAGACCAAAUUUCAGGAUAUGUAUUUAUGUUUUUAAGCCAAACAAGCUUCAUCUGGUGUACUGAAGACAUGGAAUAAAAUGGUGAAUCUGCAGAUA